GGACAAGGACCUAAGGGAUAGGGACCUGAGGGACAGGGACCUAAAAGACAGGGACCUAAGGGACAGUGACAUAAGGGACAGGGGCCUGAGGGACAGGGACCUGAGGGACAGGGACCUGAGGGACAAGGACCUAACAGACAGGGACAUAAGGGGCAGGGGCCUGAGGGACAAGGACCUAAGGGACAGGGACGUAAGGGACAGGGACAUCAAGGACAGGGACCUAAGGGACAGGGACCCGAGGGACAGGGACCCGAGGGACAGGGACCCGAGAGACAAGGACCUGAGGGACAGGGGUCUGAGGGACAGGGACCUAAGGGACAUGGGCCAAAGUGAGAGGGACCUAAGGGACAGGGACCUGAGGGACAGGGACGAAAGAGACAGGGAACUAAGGGACAAGGACCUAAGGGACAAGGACAUAAGGGACAGGGAACUAAGGGACCUAAGGGACAGGGACCUAAAAGACAGGGACAUAAGGGACAGGGACCUGAGGGACAAUGACCUAACAGACAGGGACCUAAGGGACAAGGACAAAAACGACAGGGACCUAAGGGACAGGGACAAAAACGACAGGGAACUAAGGGACAAGGACAAAAACGACAGGGACCUAAAGGACAGGGAACUAAAGGACAGGGAACUAGGGGACAGUAACCUAAGGGACAGGGAGCUAGGGGACAGGGACCUAAAGGACAGGGACAUAAGGCACAAGGAUUUGAGGGACAAGGACAUGAGGGACAGGGGCCUGAGGGACAGGGGGAUGAGGGACAGGGAACUAAGGGACAGGGGCCUAAGGGACAGGCACCAAAGGGACAGGCACCUGAGGGACAAGGACCUAAGGGACAAGGACCUAAGGGACAAGGACCUAAGGGACAAGGACCUAAGGAACAGGAACCUAAGGGACAGGGACCUAAGGGACAAGGACCUAAGGGACAAGGACCUAAGGUACAGGGACCUAAGGGACAGGGACCUAAGGGACGGGGACCUUAGGGACAGGGACCUACCAGACAGGGACAUAAGGGACAGGGGCCUAAGGGACAGGGACCUUAGGGACAGGGACCUUAGGGACAGGGACCUAAGGGACAAUGACCUAAGGGACAAUUACCUAAGGGACAGGAACAUUAGGGACAGGGACCUAAGGGAGAGUGACCUAACGGACGGGGACCUAAGGGACAGGGACCUGAGGGACAAGGACAUGAGGGACAGGGGCCUGAGGGACAGUGACCUAAGGGACAGGGACCUUUAG